AUGAGCUCGAGCCGGAACGGCGACUCCGUCCCCAAUGACACACAACAGACCAACCAGACGGGCGAAUCGGAAUCCUCGGGAAUUCUUGGGGGUGUGACCGACCAGCUUAAUUCAAUGACGGGAAGCAGCUCGAUCUCUGAAAUCCCGGGGAAAGCUACGGCUGUGGCAGGAGAAAAGGUCGCCGCUGUCAAGGAAACUAUCAUUGAUAGCGCAGUCCCUGCUGCUGGAGAAGCCUUGCAAAAUCUGGGAAGCCAGGUUCGGAAGCUCGCGGGUAAAGCUGAAGAAACUAUUGAAGAGGAUUUGGACCUGGAGAGACAUUCGGAACAAAUCGAUAAGAUGGACACGGAGCGACUUUGUGAUUUUUUACGAGAAAAACAUAAGAGCACCGUGUCAUCAUUGCCAACGAAUUAG